AGGUGUGAGUCACAGAAGUGGGAUGGUUCAAGCACUGGGAGGAGCUACAGUGGUCUCCAUGUAUGGUCUACCACUCUGUUCAUAUGGUAAACAGAAGAAGGUCACAUGGGGCAAUAGUCUUGGAGCAGUGGGGGUGGAAAAGGAGGGAAAAGAACUAGUAGAGUGAAGAGCCAUACUGCCGGAGCACUUCGGCAUGCCUCAUGCACAGGAGGCAGCGGCCCUUUCACCCUGAGUUUAGAGGACACUGGAUCUUAUUGCAAAGAGGAAAGGAACCAACGAUUUGGAGCAAGUGCCUUGUUGAGGUUAAAACUAAAGCUCUGACUGCCUCACCGGGUCUUUGAUUCGACUUACUUUGGAUGUUUGUUUCUUUGUCUUCUCCCUGUGGGGCUGAAGGUUGUACAACACACAGCCCACAACUGAAGAGCCAAGAUGCCCAUCAACUUCACAGUCGUGCCAGUUGAGGAUGUGGAGGGCGACGGCGACAGCGAGGCCGUGGCUGGAGGCAGCAGACCCCCUUUGGGAAAAAUAUUCAGGAAGGAAGACAAUGACGAAAACUCACAAGGACCUCACUUGGACGACAGUCAGAAAGAGUCCAGUCCAUUCAUCAACACAGACGACGAGGAGGAACAUUAUUAUGAAGGAAAGAACAUGGCCUUGUUUGAGGAGGAAAUGGACAGUAACCCUAUGGUAUCAUCUCUCCUCAACAAGCUGGCCAACUACACCAACCUGACCCAGGGUGUCCGGGAGCACGAGGAGGCCGAGGACGGGGUCAGGAGGGUUGCUGUCAAGGUGCCCCAAAUGGGGACCUUCAUCGGAGUGUACCUGCCGUGCAUGCAGAACAUCCUGGGUGUGAUCCUCUUUCUCCGUCUCACCUGGAUUGUCGGCACAGCAGGGAUCCUGGGAACCUUCGCCAUCGUCUCCAUGUGCUGCAUCUGCACCUUGCUCACAGCCAUAUCAAUGAGCGCCAUAGCAACCAACGGAGUUGUCCCAGCCGGCGGCUCGUACUACAUGAUAUCCAGAUCUCUGGGGCCCGAGUUUGGAGGAGCGGUGGGCCUCUGCUUCUACCUGGGAACCACCUUCGCUGGAUCCAUGUACAUACUGGGCACCAUAGAGAUUCUGCUGAUCUACAUCAUUCCAAACCCAACGGUCUUUCCAGAAAGCGAAAGCUCAAUGUCAAACAAUAUGCGUGUCUAUGGCACAUGCUGCCUGCUCCUGAUGGCUCUGGUGGUGUUUGUAGGGGUAAAGUAUGUGAACAAACUGGCUCUGGUGUUUCUGGCCUGUGUGGUCCUCUCCAUCAUGGCCACUUACGCGGGAGUCAUCAAGACGGCCAUUGAACCACCAGAGUUUAACGUCUGUCUGCUGGGGAACCGAUCUCUGAACAACAAGAUGUUUGAGAUCUGCGCCAAGACGGUGUCUGUGAAAAACGUCACAGAGUUCACCAAGCUAUGGGGCAUCUUCUGUAAACCAAACGCAACGUGUGAUGACUACUUUGACCUAAACAACCUGACAGAGAUACCGGCCGUGCCUGGGCUCCUGAGCGGGGUUAUCAAAGACAACCUGUGGGGUGACUAUGGUCCAGCUGGUACGUACUUGGAGAGGAAAAGCCAGCCUUCAGUACAAGUCCAGGAAGCGUCCAGUCACAUGGACAAGCCCUACGUCUUCAAUGACAUUGCCACCUACUUCACUCUGCUGGUGGGAAUAUACUUCCCCUCUGUGACAGGUAUAAUGGCUGGUUCCAACAGGUCUGGGGAUCUCAGAGAUGCUCAGAGGUCCAUCCCAAUAGGAACCAUCAUGGCAAUUCUCACCACCUCCUUCCUAUAUAUCUCUUGUGUGGUCUUGUUUGGAGCCUGUAUUGAAGGAGUGGUGCUGAGAGACAAAUUUGGUUACUCGGUGAAGAACAACCCGGUCAUUGGCAUACUGGCCUGGCCGUCACCCUGGGUGAUUGUGAUUGGCUCGUUUUUCUCCUGCUGCGGGGCGGGGCUUCAGAGCCUCACCGGCGCCCCUCGCCUCUUGCAGGCCAUUGCUCGGGAUGGGAUCAUUCCGUUCUUGCAGGUGUUUGGUCAUGGGAAGGCUAACGGUGAGCCCACCUGGGCUCUGUUGCUGACAGUGGGGAUCUGUGAGAUAGGAAUCCUCAUCGCCUCUCUCGAUGCUGUGGCACCCAUCCUCUCCAUGUUUUUCCUCAUGUGCUAUCUGUUUGUUAACUUGGCCUGUGCUGUUCAGACUUUGCUCCGCACCCCUAACUGGAGACCUCGCUUCAAGUUCUAUCACUGGACCCUAUCCUUCUUAGGGAUGAGCCUGUGUCUUUCUCUUAUGUUCGUCUGCUCCUGGUACUACGCCCUCGUCGCCAUGGUGAUAGCUGGUUGUCUCUACAAGUACAUUGAGUACCGAGGGGCAGUGAAGGAAUGGGGAGAUGGGAUCCGAGGUCUGUCCCUCAACGCAGCACGCUACGCUCUCAUCCGGCUGGAGGAAGUGCCGCUACACACCAAAAACUGGAGGCCUCAGCUGUUGGUGUUAUGUAAAUUGGACUCGGAGCUGGGUGUGAAACACCCUCGCCUCCUGACAUUCACUUCACAGCUCAAAGCAGGAAAGGGACUGACCAUCGUCAGCUCUGUCCUGGAGGGCACCUACAUGACCCGGGGGAACGAGGCCAAGGCGGGAGAGAAGAACUUGAAAGCGGCCAUGGCCGCAGAGAAGAUGAAGGGCUUCUCCCACGUGGUGGUUUCUUCCAACCUGCGAGACGGCUUCUCCCUGCUCAUCCAGUCAGCGGGCCUGGGAGGAAUGAAGCACAACGCCGUCCUGAUGGCCUGGCCGGCAGGCGGAGGGCUGGUCCACGACUCCUUGGCCAGGAGGAACUUCAUCGAAACAGUGCGAGAGACUACAGCGGCCCAACAGGCUCUGCUGGUUGCCAAGAACAUCGACCAUUUCCCCAGCAACCAGGACCGUCUGACGGAAGGAACCAUCGAUGUGUGGUGGAUCGUACAUGACGGCGGAAUGCUUAUGCUGCUGCCAUUUUUACUCAGUCAACACAAGGUGUGGAGGAAGUGUAAAAUGCGAAUCUUCACGGUGGCCCAUAUGGAGGAUAACUCCAUCCAGAUGAAGAAAGACCUGCAGAUGUUUCUCUACCAACUACGUCUGGAUGCUGUGGUGGAGGUGGUGGAAAUGCAUGAAAGCGACAUCUCAGCCUUCACCUAUGAGAAGACGCUGGUGAUGGAGCAGAGGUCUCAAUUGCUGAAACAGAUGCAGUUGUCCCGUACUGAGAGGGAGAGAGAGAUUCAGAGCAUCACAGAUGUAUCGCGCGGCUCCGUAAAGAGGAAGAAGCCGUCGGGUUCCCCUUCCCUCAACAACCUGUGCUUACCGGAGGAUGAGGCCCAGUUGAUCCAUGACCGGAACACAGCAUCUCAUUCUACAACAAACGAGAGAGAUGCGAAGGCGACAACGGAUCGCGUCCACAUGACCUGGACCAAGGAUAAACUUGUCAACGAGAGGAACAGACACCGGGAGGGUCUGGGAGUUAAAGACAUAUUCAACAUGAGACCUGAGUGGGAGAAUCUCAACCAGACCAACGUGCGCAGGAUGCACACGGCUGUAAAGCUGAACGAGGUCGUGCUCAAGAAGUCCCGCAAAUCGCAGCUGGUCUUGCUCAACAUGCCGGGCCCGCCGAAGAACAAGAAAGGAGACGACAACUAUAUGGAGUUCCUGGAGGUCCUCAUGGACGGCCUGGACCGAGUCCUGUUGGUUCGGGGAGGUGGUCGGGAGGUCAUCACCAUCUACUCGUAGCACGAUGCAAGAUGUUUCCACAUUGGAUCCAAAAACUGUUGAGCAGUGGGACCCCAGAGGGCAGGUGGUUGUUGAAGGGGAAAGGGAAGACUUUGAGAUGCAUCACGGGAAAAGAUGUCGGGCAGAAGUACAGCGCACUGCUUCAGGAGGAACGUAAGGGAGAACCAUGGCGCUGUGGAGGACAGAGGAGGCUCCUGCAGCACAGCUUGAUCUCAAUGCAUCGUUUGAGGACACAGAGCAAUGUCUGCAACUCCGACACAACAGCACACUGUGAAAGGGCCGCUGUGUGGCUGCACUGUGGGGAGGUUCUAUGCUCAGCUGAACUGUAAAGUAUGACGUCCCUUUUUAGCUUUCCACUGAUUGUUGUAGAUGGUUGUUCUCCAGGAUCAUCAGUCCAAUCAAAGGUAGCCAACGUAGUGUCUUUCAUUUUAUCUCAGAGAUGUUUAGGAAUCCUUUCCUUGAUAAAGCGAGAGAUGAACCUGUUUUGAGCCUUUAUAUUUGACAUGUUUUCCCAUGUCAAUGCAUGAGAAGCCAAAGUGCCAUUGAUCAAAUAAGCACAGUUUAAGAUUGUAAUCUCUAGUUAGUGAUUUUACCAGUUUCGUUGAACUGAAUUAACAUACAAGCUAUGUUUGAAAUGGUGCAAAUAUUUUAAAGCGUGUUUGUGAUCAUGUGACAAGCUUGCGUAUGCUGAGAAAAAUGGAACCUAUAUGGUAUUAUUUCAUCUACUAUUAGUAUUGUUUUUAAUAUAAUAGGAAAUAUGCAACAGGUGGGUUUAACAAGAAAAGACACAAACAAACCCCAAAAAUCUAGAACUCUGACCAGCAAACUUUCAAAGAAAGGAUUGUGUGGUAGUUGCCCCUUUCUUUGCAUCUGUUUGUGAGGCUUAACUGUAUUCUAGGUGAUCUAACCAGGCAGAUUCUGUACUCAGUUGUCAGUAACGGCACCAACAAUCAAUCGCGAUAGAAGAUUAUACACAGAUAUCUGUGCUUAAAGGGACCAUUUGUGCCUAUAAAUAAUUAACCAGUACAAGUAUUUUAGUUAAACAAAUUCCCACAACAUUACAUUCAACAUACGCAGACACGCAGCGAAGGGGCAGGAAAAGGACAAAGCGGGAAGUUAGGAGACAAAGGAAAUGUAGCAUGUGAUUUCUCUGAUUGCCAUCAUGUUUUGAACAUUCAUCCUAAGGUAGGUUCAGUGACGUAAUAUAAUGUAAGUUAGUCAAUUUUGUUGUUAUCAGACUUUGUAAAAAAAAAAAUUAAAAAAAAUCUGUGGGUAAAAAUGAAAUCAAUGAUUCCCUAUUGUGACAAAUACAAUACCGAAAGGUGAA